UAUCUUAAAUAUGAUCCAAUGUGCAGAGCAACAAAUUUAAUAGAAGAUUCAGAAUCAAAAACAAACUAUUUAAAUUUAAUUCGACUUUGGAUAAAAGACAGUACAAGUUUGAUUGCAAUUAGUAAAACAUCUGGAAAAAUUAUUGGCACCAUCAUUACUAGAAUUAACAGUUUACUUGACAAGACAAACACAUACAGUCGAAUUAAUAUAUUUCAAGGAAACGCUCUAAAUUCAAUAAUGAGUCUGAAAAAUUCCUUAAUUAUUCAAUCGGAUGCCUAUAACGUAUUUAAUACCGACAAUUAUCUAAGAAUUUAUCUUAUAUGUGUACAUCCAUCUUCAAAAAAUUUGAUCCAAGAUUUAUUGUACUCUUCGUAUGAAUUGACAGCAGCUCUUAAUCUCAAAGCAGUUGCAGGAAUUUUCACAACAACAAGAGAUCAAAAAGCAGCUGUAAAAAUUGGUUUCAAAUUCAUAUCGAAAAUUCAGUACAAUAAUUGGAUAACCAAGGACGACAAUAUCCGAGGAAAUCCGGGAAUUAAUAAUAAUUCAGUGGCUUUUAUGGGACGAAUAAUACCGAAUCGCGUGGAACUAAAUAAAAUUUUAAAAAUUAGAAAACAAAUUUGGAAAAUGGAAAAAGACACCUAACUAAAAAAAUACUAAAAAAAAAAAUACAUUAAAAAAACAAUUUUUAAUUGCGAUUUACAAGUUUAUAUUUACGAAAAAAGAAAAUAAAUAGAUACAAUAAAUACCUACAUAUAAGUAUAUAUAUGAAAUAUUACAAUUAUUACCUGA